AUGACUGAAGAGAAAAUUAAAGAAAAAGUGAAAAAGCGGGAGCGCAUUGUCUGGUCCUUAAAACGACAUGCGCAAUAUCUGAGUAGUUUUGUACCAGAUGUACAUACGGAGGAAGUUCAAUCGAGGCUGGACAAGAUUGAGACGAAGUUUGAAGAAUUUGAAGAGGUUCUGGAGGAAAUUGCGGAACUGGAUGUGGAAGGCGCCUAUGAAGAGGACUGCACCACGUCCUACGAGGAAUUUGAGAAGCCGUCUUCGGGCAGCUUUGCUGGCGAAAUUACCAACGGAGACGCAUGGGGACUUGAACAACACAUUUCUCUACCGGAAUUUGACGGUGACUACAAGCAAUGGCUAUCGUUUAAGUCUACGUAUGUGUCGCUGAUUCACGAUUCCGGAGAGCUCAGCGACGUUCAAAAGUUCCACUAUUUAAAGUCGGCGCUCAAAUGGGAAGCUGCGAAACUUAUUGAAUCACUGUCGCUCACCAAUGACAACUAUCUCAUCGCUUGCAGUACGAUUACGAAGCGGUAUUCCAAUGAGUACCUGUUGAAGAAGAGGCAUCUUCAGGCGCUGAUGGAAUAUCCGAAGGUGAAGAAGGAGUCGUAUGCAGCUAUCUGCAUGCUCUGGUUGAUGAAUUCGAACAGCGGUUGA